AGAACAGAGCACCAAGCACUUUCCUUGAUACCCGAUGUCUUGUUAGAGGGAGCUGUGAGUAUAAGGAGCCAAUGACGAUAAUGGCAGUGGCGUUGGAGGAAAAGCCAUGAGUUGAGGUUUUGUCGGCAUCCCCGGGCAAGAGAGGCCUGGUCUGCCCCGCGACGCGUCCCCCUACACAACGCGAUUCAGGACCACCACAACGUGCAUCAUUGUCUAUCUCAGUCACAUCGAUAGUCGCCAUCGCUCACUUGUAUACCAUCAGAAUGCUAUUUUCCGACAUACAGGCGUCCAAGGUGCAGAAGGUGCUGCAAGAAGAUGCGUCCGGCCUGGUCGCGUACGAGUCGUCCCUACAAUUCGACCUUAAGUUGGUAGGGCUCGACGAUAGCGAGCUUGAAGCGUGCCUUACCCUUGUCGAAUAUACAUCGAAAAACCACUACCAGGCUUCAUCUAUGGGUUGGAGUUCGGUUAAGAAAAUCGAGGAGAUGGAAAAACCAGACAUGAUAUUUCUGCUAGUUCGAGAGAAGACGCCAGCGGCAGAAUAUUCCCUUCGUAAUGAUAACAACCCCGUACUUGGCUACAUUUCCUUCAUGUUCGACUUCGACGAUCCCCCGAACGACGACCGAGAGGUUCUCUAUAUCUACGAAAUCCAUCUCGAUGAUCAUUUACGCGGCCAGGGCCUUGGCUCCCGCCUCAUUAGCUUUGUCGAAAAUGUUGCCAGGGAGUGCCAGAUCGAGAAGACGAUGCUCACCGUGUUCACAACAAACAAGGGCGCGAAGAGGUUAUACGAGGCAUUGGGUUACACCAAGGAUACCUGCAGUCCAGAGGAUAAGGUUAUUAGGACAAAGACUAUCCCGGCAGACUAUGUCAUCAUGAGCAAGAUGGUAGGGUGA